UGUUUCCUAUUAUAACAGAUUCUACUUUUUUUCAUUCUUAUUCCUCUUUCUACGUAAUAUCAUCAAUUUAAUCAACAUCAUCAUCAACAUGAAGAUGAGAAUGAUGAUGAUGAUGAUGUAGACUAAGAGCAUCAUAGUUUUUUGUUGUGAGUAAACUCAGUGAGUUUAUUUGAGUGAGUAAAACGAGUGAGAAACAUUGAGUUUAGUUAACAUUGGAGUCUUGUCAUUCCUCAGAAACCAUGUGAAUAUCAAACUGAACACUUGAAACCCAAAACAAUUAACCAGAAAAAGAUUUCAUUUUAUUUCUACAAUUUAAAUUAUCUGUUAAUUGUGAUCUUUUCUCAUUGUUAUCAACUUGUUGAUCUGUUAAUUUAUUUCGUGAAAGUUUAAGAAAAUUGUUACAAUUAAUCGACUUGUCUUGUUAUUUGGAGAAAUAUUGAUAAUUCCAUUGGAUUCUAGUUCUGUUUUCUUCGUUCUCUCAUCAUCAUAAUCUCAUAUUUUCUUCUCUUCUAUUCUAUUCGGUUCUAUUCUAUUCUCUUGUCUUGCCUUUUCGAAUAUUGUUCAAAUUCUCAUUCGAAAUUAAAUUAGUGACAUUCUAUUCCAGUGACAACCAUAACAUUGAACAGUGGAAAGAAUCUAUCAAAGUUCCUUUGGAUUACUAAGGAACUGAUUGGAUUUGAUUAGAAUUGUAUUUGGAUUAAAAAUCAAAUUCAUCAAGAGGAUAAUCAACAAUCGUUUUCAUCACCACAAUCUACAUCAUCAGCAACAUAAUAAUCACCAUUGAAUUAUCAUCGUCGUCAUCAAAAUCAUUUCAGUAGGAAUCAAAUAACAAUAAUAACGUACCAAUAUUUGUAACAAUAAUUUGGAUCGUGUUAAUCUGAACGGAAUCAAUUUAAUUAGACCUUUGAUUGGGUCAUGCAGUAACAAUAUGCUUUGUAUCCAUCAAAAUCAGAGCUCUUCAUUCAACGGACCAAUUUCUCACUCAUCGUCAUCAUCAUCUUCUUCUUCUUCGUCAGUAACAAAUCUUGAUUUGUUUAAUCAAUUUAAUUGCGACGAAGAUUUUCAAGACAUUAACUUGGCUGAUUUUUCAAUUGAUGUACCUUUGGACGAUUCCCUUGAUCAAAUGUUCAACAAUCAACAAUCAACAUUUGAUUCAAUUGGACUUUCAUCUGGUUACUCUACACCAAGCUCAUCAUCACUUUCAACCACAACCACCAAUAACACAACCACAACCACAACACCGACACCUACAUCAACUCCAACACCCAUUGAAUUAGCAAUACAAUUAAAUUUACAACAACAAAGAUCAUCAUCUGGUCUCAGUUUUACCGAGAACACCAAUAUCAAUAAUCAAUCAGUUAAUCUUACCGAUAGUAAUAAUAACAAUCAAUGUAGUGAGAGUAACAAUUUACUCUUAAACAAUAAUCAAGGACCUUUGAUUGGAUCAACUGAAACAUCAUUAAGCUCAACACCAACUACACCAACUUCAGCAACUUUACCAAGUUUCAUGGAGAUUUAUUCACCAAGAAAUUUUCCACCACAAUCAACAUCAUCACAAUCGUUACAACAACAACAACAAUCAGAGUCACAAUCAGGAUUAAACUCUAUCACUGAUGAUGGUUCAUCAUUUUUUAAAUUUGAUGAAAUUGGUGAUUUAAAUGAUGAAGAUACAUCAUUAUCAACAGUUUCAUUUGGAUCUGUAUCAUUACAAAAAUCUGGUCAAGCAUCAGGUUCAUUGGUUGAUUUGUCAUUUGUAAAACAGGAAGAUAUUGAUAAUGAUAUUGAUUCAAUACCAUUAUCAAUACAAACAAUGCUUGAACAACAGCAACAAUUACAACAUGAGCAUCUUAAUCAGCAACAAUUACAGUUUAGUCGUUCUUCACAUCACCAUAAUGUUACCUACCCAAGGACUUCAAGUGUUGCCUCUAGUCCAGGCUAUAUCUCUCUAUCAGCAAGAUCAACACCAAAUCCUGAUCAUUAUCAGCAACAAAACUAUCAACAAACUCCUCAACAGCAAUAUCACCAUCAAGCACAUCAUAACCAACAAAUUCAAUAUAAUCAAGUACAACAACAGUUAACACAAAUGUCACCCAUACCAAGAUCAUCAUAUCGCCCCAUUGGAUCACCAAUAAUACCAAAUAUCAUAAGUUCAGGGUCUAAUCACCCAUCAGGACCAAUUGAACAUUCAAUGAGAUCUCAGAUGAACAUUUCGAGGUCAUCAUUUUCAUCUAUAAGUGGCUCACCUAAUAUCUUUAGUUCAAAUAGCAAUAUCCUUGGUUAUUCGUCAAGAACUAGUUCUAAUCGGUCUUCUCCGACCGAUUUAAUUCAAAUUUCUGGUUCCAAAUGUUCAAAAGCAUCAACAUCAACUGGUAAAGAAACUUUAUCAACCUUCAAUUCAUCCUCAUCACUUUCAUCAACUCCAAUAACAAUAACACCAAGCGGAGCAUCAUCACCAGCAUCAAUUGGUCAUCAUCAUCAUCAUCAGCACCAGUCUCACCAUCAAGAGCAACAACAACAACAACAACAACAACAAUUGAAUACAUUGUGUGCAGUUUGUGGUGACAAUGCUGCUUGUCAACAUUAUGGUGUGAGAACCUGUGAAGGUUGUAAAGGAUUCUUUAAGAGAACUGUUCAAAAAGGCUCGAAAUAUGUUUGUUUAGGCUCUAAGGAUUGUCCAGUUGACAAGCGUCGACGAAAUCGAUGUCAAUUUUGUCGAUUUCAAAAGUGUUUAGCCGUCGGAAUGGUAAAAGAAGUGGUACGAACUGAUAAUCUAAAAGGUCGUCGAGGUAGAUUACCAUCUAAACCAAAGUCUCCACAAGAAUCACCACCAUCACCUCCGAUUAGUACAAUUACAGCUUUGGUUCGAGCUCAUGUAGACACUUGUCCUGAUAUUUCAAAUCUCGAUCUAAGUCAAUAUUGCGAGAUUAAUGAAUCAGAUACAUUCAAUUCAAAUCCAGUGUCUCGUCAACAAUUUGUUAAUCUUUUGAUGUCAUCAAUGAAUAUUAUGAAAAACUUUUCCGAUAAAGUUCCGGGUUUCAAUGAUCUAGAGAAACAUGAUCAAGAACUAUUAUUAAAUUCAGCUUGUCUUGAGAUGAUAACUCUUCGUAUGGCCCAUCAAAAUAAACCAGGAUCCAAGAAGAUUAUUUUACCCAAUGGUGUUGUGCUUCAUCGUAAUCAAGUUAAAUUACUUUUCGGUUCUUGGUUUAACAAUCUAGAAAUGUUUUCAUCUCGAUUUGCUCAAAUAGAUAUCGACAUAUCAGCAUUUGCUUGUCUCUUAGGCCUCUCGUUAAUCACAGUUCGUCAUGGACUCGUUGAUCCAAUUCGAGUUGAAGGUUUACAAAUGAAAAUCAUUGAAUCUCUCCGAGAUCAUGUUACUUAUAAUGCUGAAGCCCAAAAGAAAUCACAUUAUUUUUCAUCAAUUUUAUCUAAAUUACCUGAUUUACGAUCACUAUCAAUGGAUGGAUUAACUCAUUUACAUGAAAUUAAAUUGGAAUCCAUAGUCACUAUUCCGGAAUCAAUAUCAAGACUACUGAACAAUACACUUUACUUUUAAUCAAUAAUUCAAACUGUCACUCGACAAAAAAAAGUUCAAAGAUACAAAACUACACAAAAAAACUUGAAAAAAAAUCUCAACUUCGAUUCAAAAAAAGUCCUAGUAAAUAGCCUCGAAGUCGGAAGCAAUCGUUGUCCCUCUCAAUCUCGUCAAUAAUCAAGUUACAAGCAAAUUGGAAGGAAAUCACUAAUUACGUUUAAUUAACCACAAACUACCUCCUUAAAUGAUUACAAUUCAUUGUGAUAGAUACUUAUUUAUUCAAAUUGUCCCUUUCUCCUUUAACCCAACCAUUUAUCUCCUUAACUUAUUAAUAAACAUGAAGAGAAAACUUCUCAAUUUCAAUUUGAUUAUCACUCUGGUCAAUUUAAAACAAUUGUUAAUUUAUCAAAUCAUGUUCCAAAUUAAUUCUAUAAAAGAUGACACAAUCACCUUUCGUAUAUUUGUAUUACCAUUGUUAAUCAACUUUAAAUAACUUCUUUUCUCCAAUCAGCCAAUUGUAAAUGUUAAUCCAAUUCCUCUAAUCUUAUUAAUCCCUUUUCUCAAAAUCACCUUUACAAUUAUUGUUAUUUUCACUCACACACAAACCUGUUAAUCUGUUUUCUUGUUGUCAUAUUUAAUCAUAUUCAAUGUGACACAACUAAAUGAAUCUAUUUUUUGUAAAACAAAUGAAAAAAAAAACUUAACAAAAAUAAACAAAUAACUUUUUUUUUAUACUAAAAUUAGAACAAUUAAAUUAAAUUAAAAUCGUUUCCUUUUAGUUACUAUUUUCGCCGAUAGAUGGAGGCAGCGUCAUGGAAUCAGAUGUUAAAUAAAAUUUUCAUUUUCUGUUUUGAUUUUAAUUGUGUUUGUUGAUUGUUUGGGUUAAUUUUGUUUCUUUUGUUUUAAUUGUUUUUUUUUCUCUAUUUGUUAAUAGGUUUCUCUGUUGGUUUGUUAAUUGUUGGCACAAUUGUUUUCUAUUUUAAUGGCUGAGAAAUUAGAUGAAGAUGUAAUUAAAUGGAGAGCAGAGAGACGAGCUAAUUAUCCAUCGGUGAUUAAAAAAAGUGACGAUGAAGCGAAAAGUAAAUCAAACGAUGAUAAAAACACUGUUGAGGAUAAAUCAAUUAAAAAGGAAAAACCUGUUAAACAAUUUAAAAAUUAUAAACAAUUAACUUUACACGAGAAAAUGUUCCUAACUGAUGUUAAUCAACAAGAAGAACGAUUAAUUCAAUGUUUACAAAUUCUUCAUGGAUCAUUUUAGAAAAAUUGUCAUUUUCUUUUUCUUUUUCAUCAUUUUUUUCUCUUCUCUUCUUUUCUUCAUCUUCAUCUUUUCUUUUCAUUUAAUUGUUCUACAAUUAAAAGAAAACCGUGUACUAAUCAAUGUGAUAUUAAAUCAUUUAAUUUACUGUUAAUUGAAUCAAUUUCAAUGAAAAAAACAAAGGGAUGAGAAAGUCAAUCUGGUUUUUCACUUUUCUCUCUCCACCUUCAACUUUUUUUUUACUAUCAACAAACAAUCAUAAUUAUAUAACAAUGAGAUGAACAAAACAAACCUUUUCUUUUGUCAUCAUCAUCUCUCUCAUCAUCCUCAUCAUUUUCUAAACAUUAAAUUUAAUUCUCCAACUAUAAUCGUUGGAAUCACUUUCUCUUCCAGUGACAACUUUUCCAACUCUCAUGGUGACAUUUUCAUCAAUUCUUCAAUUAUUUACCUUAUCUGUCAUCUUAAUUGUUCUUCAUCACCAACAACAACAGCAAUUAAUUCAUUUCGUGGUCUCCUGAUUGUGUGUGGAUCUUUUCUGAUUACCUGUUUAAUUUGAUUGAAUUCUUUGGGAAACCUUAUCAAUCAGGACCAAUUUCCCUUCCUCUUAAAUGACAAACCCAAAAUUCAACAGUUUUAAUCAUCACUGUAAUUGUACAACUUCUUGAUUACCUUAAUCAUUUCUGGUCUUCUAUUGAUUUACAACAUUUCCUCAUAUUCUAUUGUUAAUUAAUUCGCCAUCUUCCCGAAAUUUCCAUAUGAUUUACUAAUCAUAAUCACCUUACAAUCUAAUGUAUUAAUAACUUUCGUAGGUAAGUUGGUUAACUUGUUGGUUUCUCAGUUGGGUUAACAUCAUAAGCCCGCUUUCCAUCAGCAACAACAUCUCCAAAUCUACUCUUUGUUUCCUCUAUAAUAAUUUUCCUUUUUAUUGUUAUUCUAAAUUGUAAUUUAAAUUGUACAAUUUACUCAUACAAGUGCUGUUUAAAUGACUUGUCAUCAACUAAUUGUCACUAAUUAACCAUUUUAAAAGAAAAGGUUGUUACUAUUGGAGGUGUUUUCUGGUUAUUCUCUUGUUUAUAUUUUCUUCUUCACCCUUGGAAAAAAAAGGAAAAUGAUGGAGAGAAAACGCUGGCCUAGCACAAUUAAAUAAUUCUAUUCUAUAUUGUAAACCAGUUGGAAAAGUGAUCGAUUGAUUUGGAGACAUUUUCCUAUUCAAAGUGAAUCAAAGGAUCGUCGAUCAAGAAGUAAAG